ACGCUGCCAAGCCGAUUGGUCGGCUGAAAGGUGCAAGCAUAUUGUAAUUUUGUUAAAUAUGAUAUUUGGUACCUAUCUAUCACUACAUCAAUAAAUAAAUUCCAGUGAACUGUGUACGAAUUGCUCGCAAAUCUUUGCCAAAGGAAUAUUGUGUGUGUGCUACGUUCUUACUAUACUAAACGUCUUGAUAGUGAUUAUUUGUGAUGAAAAUACGGACCAUUAUGACAGAGAAAAUGGUUAUUAAUAUGUUGUUGGUGGUGCUUCUUAUAUUAUGCCCCAUUGUCUGUGCAGAUGACGGCCCUCCAGAGGAUGGAAUACAGGACAUUUAUUUGCAACAAUACCCAUCGACUUGCCACGUAAAAUGUGGCUGUGAAGAGAUGUACUUUUAUGAUUCGGCUACCGACAGAUGUUUAAUCAAUUUCACAAGAGUAUUUAGAAAAGUUGUUACAAAUUACGAGAAUCUUGAUGUCAAUAAUUUACCCGAUGAUGAAAUGGCAAAACUGCUCUACAUUGAAAGUCAAAACAUAUUUAAAGGAAUUAUGAUCUCAGUUUUCUUGUUUAUUUUGUGUGCAGCAAUCUGUGUUAUAUCGGCGUGUAUUUAUUGCUGUCGUAUAAAUUACACGGACCGGAGAUUGAAACACAAUGUAAAGGCAUUGGCCAAAAAACUUAAUACAGAUUACAAAACUAAGAAACCUUCAGGGAACAGACCACCUGCUCGACCGCUAUCACAGAGUUGCAAUGUUGUAGUUGAAGAUGCAGGAGUUUUUGUUGUUUAGUUUUAAUAAAUGAAUAUUAUAUACAUAUU